AUGUCUAUUUUUCACGACGAGAUUGAAAUUGAAGAUUUCGAAUACGAUGAAGAUUCAGAUACAUAUUUCUACCCUUGCCCUUGUGGAGAUCAAUUUCAAAUCGCAACGGAAGAGCUACAGGAUGGUGAAGACAUUGCUCGAUGUCCAAGUUGCUCUUUAAUUAUCAGGGUUAUUUAUGAUCCGGUAAGUGGCAUGAAAUAA